UAUUCAACGUGAACAUUAAACAGAUGACCAAGGUACAUCAUGUACAAACAAUAAGGUUGUGUUUAUAUAAAUUAUAACUAGAAAUACAUUAACUUCGGAUUUGUUUAAUAUCAGUCGUUAAGGUGAAUUAAAUCGAACACCAUGUCUUCCUUAAAAAUAUUUUUAUUUUCCCUGGGUCUAGCUGUGACUACUUUGGCCGCUCCCGUUAAGGAUGACAAACCGCUCUCUGCGUAUCUCGAAGAUAUAGUCUAUGAAGUCGCAAACAACCAACUUUACAAAGAUGUCCAAGCAAAAAUAAAUUUACACACCGAAGAUUGGGAUAGAUAUCUUACCGAAUUGGAUAAAAAGUUGGAAGACAUGCACCGUGACCAGAAGUUAAAAUCAAGAAAAGAGCUAGAAAAGGAGUCGAGAAAAAUCGCCGAAGAUUUUGCUUUAAAGGUGAUCGACACGGUUAAGAAAGAAGAUCCAAAACUGGCCGAACUAUUAGAAAAACUGUUUAUCAAAGUACGCGAGACUAUAGUUGUUUUACAAAGCAUUAGUGAUACAGAGUGGUUAUUCAUUAAAAAAUUCAAACCUAAUUUGUUUAUUUCUUAAUAAAUACAUUUCAAAAACAAAUUUUUUAACUGUGCAAUAAUUUCGUUAAUAUUAAAAAAAUGUAGUCAACAAAAUUAAAAUGUAUAAAUUAGUUAUAACAAAAUACUAUUUUAGCCAGGUAAUAAGUGAGUAAAUUAAACAUUUAAAUUUUGUUUAUCAUCACUCUAAUUUAAUCAUACAACCAUAAGAAAUGCUCAUCCACUAUUUAGAGGAAAAUAUGAAGUUUAUAUUCAGAUUUAUAGUUGAAAACUUGUAAUCAAAUGCACAGAGGAAAUAUAUAAGUGUACCUAUUAAAUUUUAAUUUAAUUAUAAUUGUAUUAUUCAUACAUAAUAUAUAUUCAUAAUAACAGUUAUAAUAAUGUUUUAUUCUUUUUAGCUUAAAAAAUCUUAUUCGGUUAUAAGUUUUUAAAUAUAAAUAUGUUUUAUAUUUUGUGGAAUACACUCGAAUAGAAAUUAUAUUAAAACUAAUCACUCAAAUGUUAAAAUGAUGUCUAAUUUUAUUGUUAAAUACAUUUUUGACUUCGACACUUA